AUGACUUCACUUAAAAACGUCCAUACUGUGGACAGACGGCCAACGACAAGUAGUCGUUUGAGUAGAUCUGAUCACGGUGUUGCGGAAUACAAGCAACCCGUAUACUGUAUACCUGAUAAAAACCUUAGACCACAAUACGAUAAUGAAAUCGACGGAGCCGAUCGCAAACGAGAGACACAAACGUCCGACUCGGAUAAGGCGACCAGACAACUGCAAAUGAUGUCCAUACCUGACCGACGAGUAAUUGAUAGGGGCACAUUCAAACGGUUACAAUGUAAAGCUGUUGUGGUGACCGCGCAAGACCGAAGAAAAAUAGCCGAAGAUUUAAUGGACGACAGAGAGAGAUUGAAAAACAAAAGCGCGGCCCGAAAACAAUAUUUACAAAGCUACGAUUUACUGAGGGCUAAAGGAAAACAACUCGCACGGGUCUGUAUAACACUUAAAUAAUAUAUGCCUUUCAAUUUAAAACACUCGGAUAUUUAAUGGAUAUUAUCAUAGUGAUAAGUCCCUUUCGAAGAUAAUUUUAAACAUUAAAUAUAUUAUAUUUUAAAUAAAUAUAAUAUAUAAUUGUACAUUUAGGUACCUAUAAAACUCUAUAAAACGCUUAAUAAAAUACACUAUGAUGAUGAAACAAAUGGUUAAAUUGUUAUUAUCAACAGAGCAUUUUCAUUAAAAAUCGUUACUUGAUAAAUGGUCCCUGCAAAUACUACAUUAAUUCUUGCAACCUGCCACAAAGGCAAUUUCUAAUAACGUUCUAAAGCUAUCACUAUAGGUAGGUACCUUUUACACUUCCAUCACUGUCAGUUCUGGUUUACAUCCUUUUUUUCUAAAGUAGGUAUUUCUAAAUGUAAUUUUUCGACCAUGUCCUACUCUAUAUUAUAUUCGUUGCCGGACACUUUUUAGAAAAAUAGUAUAAAAUCUAAUAACAGUCGAUUUAUUGAUGGUCUAGUUUCAAAACGUCUAAUCAAACGUAAAAUAGGUAAUAUGUUACUUAACAUUUAAUAUGUGCUUUUUUUGUGAUAGGGAGUUUAUCGGUUUUCAAUGUACGUAUAAUUAAAAUAGAUACCUAAUGUAAUAACACAUAAUCAUAUUGAACAUCAUAUUACAUAUUUUAGGUAAAGAUGUUUUAGGAUAUAAUAAUAUCAAAUGUAGAUUGUUGAUAUUAUACAGAAAACUUUGAGCGAACAUUCGCUAAAUUAAUAAAAUCAUUAUAGUUGGAUGACGAAGCAAAUAAAAAAUCCAACUAUCUACUAGCAAGGGCACAGCAGUUGCGACAAGACCAAGAGGACGAAAUAAAACGAUGUAAUUCUCUGAUACUGAGUACCAAAUGUCACGCUAUCAGAAACGCUCAAAUCGCAGAAAAACAACUUAUUCAGUAAGAUUUUUUAAUAAAAGGUAUUGGAUGAUUUUACCAUUAUUUAUCGGCUAUACAAAAAAAAUAUUUUAUUUAAAAUAAUUUUAGCAUUUAUGCCAUUUAUAAUUAUAGUACGCAAUGUUAUUCGUUAUGCUACACAUAUUUGAUCACCUUAAUUUAAUAAUGUGGUAGGUAUACCUAUAUUCAAAUAAUAUCAAUAGUUUUAGAUUUUCAAACUUUUAAAUUUUCUUUGAUUAAAAAAAUGAAUACUUUUUGCGAAAGGUCCUCUAUUGUAAGUGUGUAGUUCGGAUGAUAAGCAUAAAAUAUACAGGUAAUUUAUUUCCUCACAAAUAUCUUUUCAAACGAAAAACGAUUUUGAGUGGAAUAAUAUUAGAUCCGUGUUUUUCUCUUGUUGCCAAGGAAACCCAGAAAUCUACAAAAAUAAAUAAAGGGAUUGAACUGCUGAAAAUGUCAAUAAAUAUUUUAAAUAAAGUAUUGUCGAGUAAAAAUUACGCAUCUUUUGAAAUGCAAGUUAAAGUAUUUGCUUAACCAAAAAUGUGUUUUUAUAAAAAAAAAACAUACAAAUCAAAUUUUUGGCAAAAUUCGUAUCUUUUAAGAAAUAAUAUAAAAAAAUCAGAUUAUUUUUACUAGUCGAAAUCCGCUAAAAUCCGAAGUUUUCCGAAAAAAUAAAAAAUCACACAUCUUAGUAGAACAAAUAACUUCCUUGCUAAACUUGGAAUCUAAAACUAUAAAAACAAAGGUUUAAAAUAUGCAUAUUUAUUUUUGUAAAUUGAUAUGUUAAUCAACUAGCUAUACAUAAUUGAGUAUCCAUAUAGAGGUUAUAGAGGUUAAAAAUAAAAUUUCAAUUUUUCUGCCGCGUCCCUCUAAACGCAGUUAAUAUAUAAUAUAUUGAUAAAUAUACAUUUUUGGUAUAAUCGGACUAAUUUAUUCAAGUGCCGAAAUUAACUUAAACUUAAAUUACUUAAAUUAACUAACGUCUAAGUUGUUUUUAAAGACAAACACUGUGCGAAAUAUACCGUGUAGUAGUGUAGAUUAUACAUAAAUCCAUAAUAAUACAUAAUGUUAUAUGUGCAGCGUGUGUGUAAAAUAUGUUAAAAAAAAUAUAAUAAUAAUCAACUGUUGUAAUAUAAUGAAGUCAAGUUUAGCAAUUAAGGAUAUGUAUACCUAAUUAUUCACAAAACUUUAAUAUAAUAUUAAUUAAAAAUUGUUUAAACCAAAAACAUAAUACAUAAAUAUAAAUAUAUAUAUUUAUACCUAAAUAUAAUAAAUAGUUAGGUACUAAAUUCAAAGUUGAUGAAUGUAGAUACACAUAUGUGACCAUAAAUAUGUAUGAUAAGAGCGCAAGUGCACAACUGUAUACUGCAACAACACACGCGAUGAGGGUUAAAAUUGUUAAAAUUUAGGUUUUUAUUUUUCCUCGAUAAAACUUCAUGGCUACUCAGGGACAAAAUAAAUUCCGUAAACAAUAAUACUUAGUAUUAUUUUAUUAUAGGUAUCUAAAGGGUAGGUAUAACCUAAAAUAAGUUUAUAAAUUAUAAUACAAUACAUAUUAUAUAAUGUAUAUUAUAAUACUGAAGUACUAGAAUGUAUUAACUUUAAAAUAAACGAAAUACAAUCACGCUAUAAAUCAUUAGUCUAUUUAAAAAAUUCUCUAAUUAAAAUAAAAUGGCUCUAGGUAACAUCAUAAAAAAGUCAAUUUUUUCAACUUAAUUCUAAACGAAUUAUAAUUGCAAUUAUAAUGUGAUUUCGCGUCUAUUAAUCAAUAUUACAUGUUUCUUCUUCUUGCUUAUAAAUUCUCAUUAUAAGUUUGUACCUAUAACUCACUGAUGCCAUCCAUUUUAAAAUGUUAACUAUAUUAUAUCAUACUGUUAUUAUUGUAAAACGAAAAAUUAAUAUUUUAAUAUUAAUAAAAUUCAAUUUUUUUAAUUGAUUCUCAAAUUGUAAUUUUUAUUCUUAUUUUUAUUUUUCACCAUAUAUUUAUCUAUAUAUAUUAAAUAAUUAUUGUAAUAUUUUAUUUUUUCUCUCUAUACUCACACUACAUUAUGCCACUUUACUGUACCAAUAUUAUGUUAUAAUAUUUCUCUAAUCUACUGUCAUUUCACAUAUUACUUUAUAAAUUAGAAUACAUUUCCGUAAAUAAAUAUUAUUAUUAUUAUUAAAUAUAUAUACGAGUAUUAUUAUAGGAAAGCAAUGAAAGAAGAAGAACGCAGAAUGGAAGAAAUCAUGGAACGAGAACGGAUGUUAGCCGCCAAAGAGUUGGAAAAAGCGUCGGAAAUUGAACGGCUCAAAAAGAAACAACAAGCAAUCGAGGUCGAGAAGCAAAUAAAAGAAAACGAGGUCGCUAGGGAAAUGGAAUUGGCCAGAAUGGCGGAAGUAUGUAUAAACUACACACAUAUCACGUUAUUAUCGUUUAUCAGGGUUGCAAGAGGGGCAUUUUUUUAAGAAGGCGAUUUAAUUAAAUGUGUUAAAAAAAAUAGUAAUUUAAAUGUACCAUUAAUUAAUAUUACUUUGUGAGGCCAACAAAAAUUUGAUUCUUGUAGACUUAUGAUUUUAUGUUACAUAUAUAGGAAGCGAGAAUCCGAGCGGAAGCUUUGGAGAAAAUCCGACAAGAGGAGGCCAAAAGUUACAAGGCGAAAAUGGAAAAACAAAUACAACUCCGUCAAGAAUUCAUGUUGCUUAAUGCACAAAUAAGGGAUUCGAAAAAACUAGAGGAAGAAAUGAAUAAUAUUGAAGUUCUACAGGUUUUGUAUCAACUUUAACAGAAUUUUGAAGUACCUAUAUUUAUCAUGAGGUACUUCUGCGUCAACAUUUGCUUUUUGUUUAUUUCGCGUAUAAUAUAAAAACAAAGGUAUUUCGGUACUUCAACAAUCAUGACUAUCUGAUAGCGCUUAUUAUCAAAAGAAGACAGGCAAUUUAAGAAUUUUAUAAAGUAGAGGAUUUAGUAUGCCUUGACCUAAUGAAUUUUUAAUAUUUAAAUUUUGUAUCAAAACAUUAUACAUGUUUUAAUUUAGCUUAAUUAUCUUAAUUCAAAUCAUUUAAAUAAUUAUUAAAUUAAAUAAUUUAAAUAACGAAAAUAUUAAAAAAAAAUAAAUAUUCGGUCGACACAUAGUAAAUAUUAUAUUUUACACAUCCUAUAUAGGGGGUCUAUAUAUUUGUCCUAAACUCAAUCAGAAUUUCACAAUUAUUGUUCGACUUAUAAAUAGAAAUAUACAUAUUAAAUGCAAUAAUAAAGUGAUACAAAUAAAACAAACUAUAGAUUAAUCGACUACCUCAAUUAUAUCAAUUACAUGAUUAUUUUAUAAUUAGUAUCAGUUUACUAUUUCAUGCCUAUAGUAGAGCUACAAUAUAAAUUUACCUAAUUAAAUUUCCUGGUUGGAAAAUUCCAGAAACGCCACUGAAAAUAGCAAAAAUUUACUUCGUUAAAAUCCUAGUCACUUUUUUAUUUGGCAUUUUAACCGUUUGAAUUUUUCGUUCCGUAUAAGGAAACCAAAAAUAAUAAUGAUAGUCAUUCUAAAAUAUACAAACUAUAAAUUUUAUAUGUUAUACCGGGAAAUGGUGAAGCUUCUAUAUCAGAAAAGAAAAAUUGUUCAGACACGAGAAAACGCACAUCGUUAUAAAUCAAACAUGACUAUAUUCCAUUCUCGGCUCUAUGUUCAGAAUUUGAAAUUGCCACCCUUAAAAAUUAAACACAAAUUCCGUACAUAGGUACGUCAUUCCAGGAUCACGUACGGCCAUGUCCAUACAAAAUAAUAAUGUAAAAUGUAUUGACUUUCGUACCAUUAUACCUAUAGGAUUACAUAUAGAACUUCGUCGUUUUUAUGAAAUAAUUAAAAUGUCUGCGAUAAAUAAAUUAUUUAUUUUCAAUUUCGUUAAAUGAAAAUCCAUUUUGUUAUUCUACUGUAUACCUGUAUUAAUAUAUAGAUACAAGAAUAUACGCGAAAAAAGAACGAACGAGAAAUAGCAUUCGAGCGAGAGUUACAAAAGCAGAAACUACUAAAAGAAAAAUCAAUCGCCAAGAUACAAGCGAACCAACUAGCGACGUACGAAACGCAAGCCGCCAAAGACGAACUGAACGCGCUCAGAGUUAGAGACCAGGUAACCUGCGGUGUUAUUAUGGAUGAUAAUAUUAUGUUAUGCUUGUACACAGUUGUAGCACAGUUUUUUCUCAAAUAUUUGAAAAAUUAUCGCUAUACGGCUAUCGACAGCCGACAUGAUGAGAUUACUAAUAUUACAUUAUGCGCACAUCAGUACACUACAUUUACUUACUAAAAGGAAAAAAAAAACGAUUUUAUCUAACAUUUACGAUUUAAACAUUACAAUAAAAAUGAAAAUAUUUAACAGUACAGUAUGCCGUAACAAUUAAAGUAGUGUAAAGUGUUGUUUUAGAUUAGGACGAUUUGAUUUAUUUACGAUAUUUAUCAAUCAGCUAACUUUUCCACGCCUGAAACGUUUGUUUUGAAUUUACACACCAUACAUCACAACGAACUUUUGUACACUAAAGUGUUAACACUAAAUUUUUUUAAAAUGAACAAAGCUAUUGUAUAAUGCGUUGAACUAUCGUAUAUUUAAUAAUUAAUAUCAAAAUUUCAACGUUUUUCUAGUUUAUUGUAAAAAACGAUUUUUCAUAAAAAUAUUAAUUUUUCUUGAUCAUAUUAUAAUAUUUUAUUAUCAUAUAGAUUUAUAAUAAAUAUAUAUUUAUACUAGCUGUCCCGUUACUGAGUCGAACAAAACACAUGAGCAACUUUGAAUUUUUCUACAAGCAUUUAUACCUAUAGAAUGAAAAAAUAAUGAAAACCAAAAUGCAUAUAAAUAAAUAACUUUUUAGUUAUGCAAACAAGGGACUAAAACACUGCAAACUUUUAGAAUUUAAAAAAAAAACUGUUUGAAUGAUGGCGUGAUAUAGCUGGUUUUAAAUACUUUUAGCAAAUGCAUUGUAUAGUUAAAAUUUGAGCAGUUUACUGUAUAAACAAGACUGUGAUACCUAGUAAUAUUUUAGUUCCUUAUACACUAGGCAAAUUGUUCGCGAAUGGAUGGGAUUUUUAAUCACCGCGAACAAUCGCUUAAAAUUAAACAACCUAUAUUAGAUUAAAGCAUUCGCACUAUGUUAUUUCACCUUUCUGACUUUCUUCCCCCAAAACUAAAUAAUUAAUAAAUAUAAUGUCUUCUUGUACCUAUAUUUAUUUCAGACAUUUCCUAUACUUACUACGAAUAUUACGAUUACAGGUAGAACGCGAGUGGCGUCGUAAAGAACGCGAAGAGGCUAUCAAAAGAGCUAAGGACGAAGAAGAACUGAACGCAGCCAGACAAAAACAGAUUGAAGAUCAGAGAAGAAUGUACGCGUUUGAAAUACAAAGAGAGAAAGAAGAAACCGAAAAAAACGCUCAACUCAAUAUUGAACACAUCAAAAAAAGCAAAGAAAUGGACAAUAAAAACAAAAUGGUAUCUAUGUUUUUUUAUUUUAUUUUUUUUAUUUUUUUUAAUCGAAUUAUAACAAAAAAACAAAAUCGAAAAUAAUGAAACUGUUCUACGGCAUUAACUUUCCCGUUUUUCUUAACAUUUUCCCAAAUUACUAAGAAAACUCGGACAAUCAAAAAACGAUUUUCUUAUACACCAAUAAGUCAGAGUUUUCUUUUAGAAACGAUGCUGCACUUAAAUUUCGAUGCAAGACUUGGUAGAAAAACCAAAUUGAUAAAAUUUAAAAUAAUGAAAUCGUUAACACCGUAAAUAUUUGUCAGAUUUGUUUAUCUUAUAGGUUUUUUCCUCCAAUUUUCAUGAAAAUCACUUGAAAAAUAAAAAAAUAAACACGUUUCAUCGUUUCAUUAUGUUUUUCGUUAAUUUUUUUAGAUUUUGUGUGGAUCGAAGAACCUUGAGGUUUUACAAAGAUAUUUAUUUUUUUUUUUUUUGUGGACAACUUUUCUAUCAGCAAUUUUGCUCCAAUUUAUAAUGAUAGCAAUGUUUCUAAAAUGAAAUUUAAGUAGAGAGGUACUUUAAAGAGGCCAUUUUUCGAUUUUCUCAAGAAUUUUCCCAGCAAAUGUGAAAAAUCAGGAAAAAACAUGGAAAAAUUGGGAAACGCGUAUAGGAAAAACGGGAAAAUCGGUACUUUAAACAAAUAUUAUUAAAGAUAAUAUAUAAUGCCUAUUUAAUUAUUUUACCAUAAUAUGACAUAUAUAUUGUUGAAAAAGCAUUACUAUCGACUGAACUCCGCUCAGAAUCGUUUUUUCGUUAGCAAUGGUUAAUCGUUGCUAACAGUUAUACAUUAAAUAACCUGUAACAGUGGCUGCACCCGUUCACAUUAUCCUAGGACGUCUUUAUUAAUCUGUCAUUUUUAUCAUGGUUAGGUAUAAUAUAAGGUACUAUACGAGAUCUUCGUUACAGUCCCACACACUUUGGCUCUCGAUUCUUGGUCCGUGGUGUUUAAUCACAGUUUAAUACCUAGAAGAUCUAUCUAUCUGAUACCUACCCUAAAAAUAGACGUGUUUGUAAUUAAAAUGUUUCUUAAAAGAACACUUUUCUAAAUAUUAAUGAACAGUUAAAAGUUGUUUUUCAUCAAUGCACCGGCUAAAAAUUUUGCUAAGGGCAAUGAACCCUAAUUAGGAGCAACAGCGUUCACAAAUUUAUCAGUAUUGAACAUUAAAAAAAGUCUGAAAUACCGAUUAAGUAUUUUAUCUGCAAUUAGAUAGGUAUAAAAAUAGGUAAAUUAAAAAAAAAAUAAUAAAAACACGUCAUUAAUACUUACCUAUUGUGUUUUACGUGCAUUUAAUAAAAGUAAUUGUAAUCAUUAUUAAAUUGAGGAACGGCGUUUAGGGGCGGGGGCGGGUAGCGUGCAUUAUAUAAUGUUAGCACGUCGGAAAUUCGGGCGCUAGUUGCGAAACUUAUUUGGGAUUCGAGCGGUCUGAGAUCCAAUGCACAUCACUAAUCAUUUAAAUACAGUGGCGUAGCGAGCGAGGGUGUUGUAGGUGUAGCAGUACAGCCAUUCGUUGACAGUGUUUGUUUAAUACAGAUAGAUAAGCACAUAAUAAAAUGAUAAUAUAGACAAUUUACAUAUAGUUUUAUUAUAACUACCUAUGUGAAUUUCGUUACGAUGUUCGUAUAUUAUAAACAAAUCGGAAUGUGAAGGAUUAUCGAUUACUGAUGCUACGAACUAUGACAGUAGUUUAUACAGUGAAACCUCCCGGACUAAACCUCCGAAUAGCGGACGAUUUUUCGGGAACGGGGACAUUUUCACCGCUUUUAUAUAGGAAAACCUCCAUAUGCCGGACAUUUUUAUGGCAAACCGAGGUCUUCAACAAGCUAAAGUAACUGAUUUUUUCAAUAAAUGUUAAUUUGUAUUUACAUUUUAAUGUUAAUAUUUUUACAUACACAAUAAUAACAUAAUUUUAAAUAAUAAUAUGUACAAUUAAUAUUUGUAUUGAAAUAAUACAAAUAUACAUAAAUCAUUAAUAUACACAUUACAUAAAAUAUAAAUGUUGUACCUAGAUAGAGUUAUUAAUUUCUCAGGGUUAUUUUCGAUAAUUUUUUUCCCCCUCUAAAUAGUGGACAAAAUUACGGCGACCGAGAGUGCCCGGUAUUUAGAGGUUUCACUGUAGUUAUUUGCUAACCGCAUCUACUGAUAGGUAUAAUUGGCAACGAUUUCCGUUUUCCACCGAGAAAGAUACAGAUAUUUAUUUAUGCAUAUAUAUAUAUCUGAUAUAUAUGUUAUAUUUUUCGUACGGCACGGACAAUUUGAGUUCAGCAGGGACAAUAUCGUGCCGUUUGUUUCAAUAUCAGAGCGAAUCAUUCCAAAAUGAUUAUCAUUAUCAAACAAAAAAAAAACAAGAACAUUACCUCGGUAACGUUGGCGCUAUUUUUUCGAUGUUUUAGUUUUCAAACGAGAUAUGAGUUAGUGGCUAUGCGAAAUAUCACGAUAACCGUGAUGUUUUAUCAUUAAAUUCGUUUGAACGUCAAAUGUCGAAAAAAAAUAGCACUAAUGUUGCACGGUUAAUGUUCUUGUCUUUGAGUUUGAUAACAGGCGAGUUCGCUCCAAUAUUAAAACUAAUAGCGCGAAGCUGUACCCGCAGAACGCUAAUCUGUUUUGUCGGCGCACGUCCUCUUAAGUGAUUUAACUGAUAAAUAGUGAUAAUGAAGAAGAUUUCACAUUUCUUCAUAACACCCGUCUUUGGAAAUUCUGUUUAAACACGAUGAAUACAGAUACCUAUGCACAUACAUGAUAAUUACGCAUCAAUAUAAGUGAAUCACUAAAUACGGGAAAACUGGCACACGUUCAAAUUUUAAAACAAAAAACUUACCUAGAAUUUUAUAAUAUUUCAUGAAGUGUAUGCAGAAACUUAUAGAUGGUAUCUAUAGCACUUGUAACAUUAAUUAUUAACAAGCGAUUUUUUUUUUCUCUCGACGGCGUUUAGUUAAGCCAAUUACGGCGCUAGGUUUUGCGGGGCCCUGGACAAUUUAUGCUUCAGUGUAACUAAUGAUUGUAUACCUAUAUAAUAAUAUACCGCGGGGCCCGUUAAAACCGAAAUAAGCGCGAGGCCCUGGACCAGUGUUCCGUUUGUUCUCCCCCAUCGCCGACACCGAGUAUGGGUAGUAUACCUCCCCCAAUAGGCACCUACCGGUUUCUCGUUCUUGACAGAUGUGCCCCGUCUUUGUUGAAAAAUCCGAUCGCCUAAAAACAAUAAUGUGCGGUCGUAAUAAUCGUAUACACUCAUAGCUACUUAUUCUUUCACGCGCAGAAAAUCGAAGCCUAUCGUAAAAACCUGUUAAAACAGAUCGACGACAAAGAACAAGCAAAGAUACAGGAGAGGAAGAGAUCGUUCCAGGAAGGCGUCAAAUUGAAACAGGAAGAACUGGCCAGGCAAAAAACGUUACGGGACACGAUGUACAAUAAAAUCGAAGAACUCAAGUAA